AUUGCUCAGUGUGAAAGUGUUAAUGCAGGAGAUGCACUCUCGGGGAAACCGGCAUUCAUGCUCCAGCAUAUUCUACAGCCUAUAAAGACCGAGAGAGCAUCCAACCUGCUCCCCCCGAGAAAACAGAGGGAUCUAAAGAAAUCUCACUUUUUAUUCCUGCGAAAAGCGCUACCCGUAGAACAUUUUUUUCCCACCUCUCUCAGAUGUGCGUCAACUUCUUUCAUUGCGCGCGCCAACGUGGAUUUGGGAACGCGCGCGCGCACCUGCUUUCACCUGAUGUGAGAAAACAAUUUAUGGACAUACUUUAGACCUGUUCCGAGAAGGAUCGCUUUCCUGGGCGGACAGUUGCGCGGAGGAUUUCCGAGUAUUGUCUUUUAUCAUUUUCUCCGUGUCUCGGAUAGCCGAAGUUUAACUCAUGUCAGGACACAACGGGGAUCUGCGAGGAGAGAGCAUGUAUGGCUGAAGGAUGUGGGCUCGGAGUGUUGGUCCUAGACCGCCUGACCUGAUGCUCUUAUGGGAGGGGAUGGUGAUCUGUCUCCGCUGGGCUUGUGUGCUCGUCUCUCUGGCUGUGUACGUGGGCUCCGCGGAACCGCUCGGAUGGCUGCUGUCCGAUAAAGGUCCUUUCCAUCGCUCUCGGGAAUUCAUUGAGUUCACCGAGCGAUACCAGCACGGCUUUACAACCAGAUACAAAAUAUACAGGGAGUUCGGACGAUGGAAGGUCAACAGCCUUGCUGCAGAGAGACAAGAAGGCAACGGGGUGGCCGUGCCCUUUGACCCCGACUUUAUCCAUAACAUCAGGCUUCUGGGGAGAAGGCCAAGCCUGCAGAAAAUUACUGACACAAUCAUCAAGAAAUACGGGACUCAUUUCCUGCUCUCUGCCACUCUGGGAGGCGAGGAGUCCUUGACCAUUUUUGUGGACAAAAGCAAGCUUAGCAGAGGUCAGCAGAAUGGCGGUGCCUCCAACGCUACAGCCAGUUCACUGACCCUCGAAGCCCUGCACCAACUGGCAGCAUCCUAUUUCAUCGACAGAGAUAGCACACUCCGGAAGCUCCAUCACCUCCAGAUCGCCUCCACCGCCAUUAAGGUAACAGAGACCAGGACCGGCCCUUUGGGCUGCAGUAACUAUGACAACCUCGACUCUGUCAGCUCCGUUCUGGUUCACAGCCACGAGAACAGAGUUCAGUUGCAAGGACUUCAGGCUAUUCUGCCUAGUUAUUUAAGGAGCAACUUUGUUCAGGCUGCCUUAGGCUACAUAGGCUGCAAUGCUGAAGGCCAAUUUAUGUGCAAAGACAAUGACUGCUGGUGCCAAUGCAUUCAUGAGUUUCCCCAGUGUAACUGCCCUGAGGCUGAUAUCCGUUCCCAGGAAAACUACCUGGAGCGUAUGAAGGAGGCCUGGAGGCAGGAGAACCAGGAAUUUCAAGACUCAGAUGAGUUCCAGAGCUUCAUGGGUAAACUACCAACACAGAGCGCUCUAAAUUCAUCAAGAAUCCAGCAAUUGUGGAGGACAGACAGUGCUCUACAGCAACGUUACCGGCAGUUGGAGAGUCGCGUGAGCCUCCUGCUCUCCAAGACCCGACGAACUGCUAACAAGCUCUUCAGCCUCAGCAAGAGAUGCCACACACAGCCCAAAAUAGUGUCUCUAAGGGAGAGGCCACUGAGCCACUGGCUACAGUUCACCCUGUCCAUCCUGUACUGCAGUGAGAAUAACCAACUGGGAUUUUAUGCAGAGGAAAUACGGACUUGCGCCUGUCCUUACGAGAGCCCCUCAUGCCAGGGUGUUGUCCCGUGCGAGGUGGGUGACAGUCACCGUUGUGCCUCGUGCUCGGUGGACAACCGCACCCGCUGCUCCAGCUGCAACCCAGGUUAUGUUCUCAGUCAUGGAGUUUGCAAAAAUGCUGUACCCAACCCUACAGACCACUACCUUGGCUUUGAGACUGACCUACAAGACCUGGAGCUACGCUACCUACUGCAACACCGGGACAGCCGCAUCACGACGCACGCCAUCUUUGUCAGCAACGACGUUCGCCUCAAUGUCUGGUUCGACCCAUCUUGGAGAAAGAGGAUGCUGCUUACGCUGAAGAGCAACAAGUUCAAAUCCAGCCGUGUCCAUAUGCUCCUGGGCAUUUCGCUGCAGAUCUGCAUGACCAAGAACUCCACCCUGGAUCCUGCGCUGUCUGUCUACGUCAACCCUUUUGGCGGCAGCCAUUCGGAAAGCUGGACAAUGCCCAUCAAUCAGAAUGGCUUCCCGGACUGGGAAAAGACCAAGCUGGACAUUCCUUUGGAUUGCUUCAACUGGACCUUGACUUUGGGCAACCGGUGGAAGAGCUUUUUUGAGACUGUUCACUUCUACCUGCGGAGCCGCAUUCGGACCGAGUCCUCUCAGGGGAACGAAACAGUCUACUUCGAGCCGCUGGAAGCUGCGGAUGCCUCUCAAAACUUUGGAUACAUGAAGAUCAACAGCAUGCAACUGUUCGGUUACAGCAUGCACUUUGACCCCGAAGCUAUCCAGGAUCUGAUCCUACAGUUGGACUAUCCGUACACUCAGGGAUCUCAGGACUCUGCUCUGCUGCAGCUGAUGGAGAUCCGAUAUCGGGUCAAUAGACUGUCUCCUCCUGGACCACUGCCAUUAGAUCUGUUCUCCUGCCUACUUCGACAUAGGCUCAAACUCUCCAGCUCCGAGGUACAGAGAAUACUCACCACACUGCAAACUUUUAGUGCCAAACAGCCGUUCUACAAAGAGUACGAAGCUGCAAAACUUUGUAGUUAGAAAGCAAACCAAUUUAUUUUUGCCACUGAUGUUUUGCUUUACUCGCUGAGAAGUUCAUUUAACUGAAAAUUAUUUUAUGGGGGGGGGGGGGGGGGGGGGUCACUGUUGUUGCUGUUUGAUAUGAAGUCAUUACUGUUACAUAUUUGAUGUCUUUGGUCCAAAUGGUAGUUCAGAUGAAACAACGUUUUGCACAAUUUUAUCAAUUCUGCCAUGUUUGAAUUAAAUAAAAUAGGCAAAAAAUAUUUUUUGUUAUGUUUUUGUAGCAUACUGAUUGCAGUUGGCUGGAUCUCAACCAUGCAAUGGAACAUUUGAAGUAUGCGUUUUACAAAAAGCAGAAAACUUUCCAUUAGCUGAUUAUUUAGAAAAAGUGAAUCCAAAGUAACUCCUCAAGAAAAGUCAUAUUUCACCCCAAAAUAAAAGUAAUCCAUCCAUCCACACAUACAUACAGUACAUACAUGCAUAUUUAUAUACUACCAUUUAAAAAUUGGUGGAAUGUCUUUUAUUCAGCAAGGAUGAAAUAAAUUGGUCAGUAAAGAUAUUUAUAAUGUCACAAACGAUUUCUAUAUAUAUAAAAAAAAUGCUGUUAGAAUGAUUUCUGAAGGAUCAUGUGACAAUAAAGAAUGUAAAUUUAGCUGUGCAUCACAAUUUGUAAAUUUGAUUAAAAAA